AUGGCACUCACUGCAGCUCUCAGGCAUGUCUGGGACCUGAUCAAGGUGGAGGACUGGGACAAGACUUGGGCCAGCAUUUGCUCAUGGUGGAAAUAUGUCGACAACAAUGGAAUUACUGUACCAAAGGUUCACAACAAGUGCAUGCAUGACUACACCAAGGAAUCUGUGAUGUGCCAAAACCUUUUAGUCCCAGGUGCCAUCACCAUUGCUGACCUCUGGCACCCAGUGGAGCAAAGAUGGAUCCACAUCAAUGACAUCUUCAACAACUACCAGGAGAGGGUAGAGUUGAGGGUGCAGCUUGAGGCAGAGAGGUUGACAAGAGAACCUUCUAUGCACACACACAGACAGGCAGCAAUGGUGAUAGGCAAGGGGAAGGGCAAGGAAAAGGCCACAGACAAAGUUGAUGAGCUGGAGAACAAUGAAGGCAACUGCCCACCCAACCCUGACCUGUCAAAAACUGCUGCUCUGGCACCCAAAGCCAACCUGCCAUGCAGGGAGUGCACAAAGGUUGAUGCCAAGUGCAAAGGUCUUCCUGGGGAGUCAUACAAUCCAGGAGACCUCAGUGAUGGUGGACUCUUUGGCAGACUGACAGGAUUAUUGGACAAUCCACCCACACCCAUCAUCAGCAUGCAGGAUGAGUCUGAAGGUCCCCCAGUUGAAGAAACUCCACUGGUCACAAACCUGAGUGAAUCGACUAUGUGCGAGGCUCUUGCUGAGCACAUCCAACUGUUGGAGGGUAGGGCAGAUGAUGAGGAGUUUGAGUUGACCCAGAUCCACCAGAUGCUGGGACUGUUGGCAACUAGUGAUUAUCGCUAA